GGUUACCAGGCGGUGCCGAGCGGCAGCAGCGGGAACCUGUCCACCUCGUCCUCCUCUAGCCCCCCCGGCACCCCCAACCCCUCCGAGUCCUCCAAGUCCGCGGCCGGCGGCGGGGGCUACUCCGCCGCCCCGGCGGGCAAGAACAAGCCCAAGAAGUGCGUGGACAAGCACAGCGACGAGUACAAGCUCCGCCGGGAGAGGAACAACAUCGCGGUGCGCAAGAGCCGCGACAAAGCGAAAAUGCGCAACCUGGAGACGCAGCACAAAGUCUUGGAACUCACGGCCGAGAACGAGCGGCUGCAGAAGAAGGUGGAACAGCUCUCCCGGGAGCUAAACACGAUAGAAAAUCUGUAUGUCCAGAAGGAUGGUGAAUGA